AGCACUUCAUUUGUUGGUCUGCAUGUGUAGCAAGCAAACAGCUACUUAUACAUUUUAACUGUAAGCAAGUAAGCAAUAUUCAGAACUACUUUCUCUUGGAAAUUUAAUAGUAGGGAGUAUGUGUAAGUAAAGCUGUAGACUAAGACUUGGUUCAACUUGAUGCUGACACAGUCACAGAUACUUUGACGCUUUAUCUACAAUGGUGACGCAUAUAGUUUAGAGGAUGAAUGCAUCUGCCCCCUCCUACCAGUUAUUUGAAGAAAGGGAGGGAGAAACUGCUAGGGGGAGGAGGUUCAAGAGUAAGUCAUCUUCAACAUCAAAGAUUAGAGAGUUUACCAGCAGCAGCAGCGUGCCCAGAGGAGCAUCCAGAAAAAAAGAGAAAAUGGCAGUCACAUCAUUAGAGCCUACAUACUGGUCUUCUCAAGAAUUUGAUGUUUCGGUUUGUAUUUACUGUAUGAAGCAAGGAACUUCACUGACCAAGAUAAAAGCACAAGGAACAAAAUCGAUCAGGACAUAUUUUUUAGACAAGGAGAACAGUUGUAUUAGAUGGAAACCAACACGGAAAGGCACAAAAGCUAAAAUUGCUGUGGAUUGCAUCAAAGAGGUGCGUGAAGGACAGAAAACGGACUCAUUCAAGCGUGGCCUUGUGAAUGAAAAUAUUGACUCCUCAUGCUGCUUCUCAAUCAUAUAUGGAAAUGGAUUAGAAACAGUAGAUUUAGUGGCCAAUACAAAACAGGAAGCGCACAUCUGGAUUCAAGGAAUGCGAUUCCUACUUGCUGGUCUUCAGAUGGAAGAUGUCCUUGUGAAAAGCAACAGGCUACGUGAUAACUGGUUGAGGACAACAUUUGAAACAGCAGACAAAAGUAAAAAUGGACUUUUGGACAUGGAUGAGGUCAUUAGACUGCUUCACAAACUCAAUUUUAAACUGAGUAGACGCAAGGUCAGAAAACUCUUCAAGGAAGCAGACACGAACACAUCCGGGAAACACGAAGGUCAACUGGACUAUGAGGAAUUCAUGCAAUUUUACAAGUUGAUAAGUACACGAAAGGAACUACUUUUUCUACUCCAGCAAUACAGUGAAUCCAAGCAGUUCAUGACAGCCAAAGAACUUCAGAAGUUUUUGCAAGUUGAGCAGAAGUUAGAGGCAGUCACGGUUGAGAUGUGUGAAGACAUUAUUGAGACAUUUGAACCAGUCCCAGAGAACAUACAAAACAAAUGGCUUGGUAUAGAUGGAUUUACAAAGUAUUUGUUAAGUCCAGAAGGAAAUGUAUUCAACCAGCACCACUCUAAGGUUCACCAGGAUAUGACAAGGCCUUUGUCCCAUUACUAUAUGGCGGCGUCGCACAACACAUACCUCAUUGGCGACCAGUUGAUGUCGCAAUCAAGCGUUGACAUCUAUGCGUGCGUGUUACAAUCUGGGUGCAGAUGUGUUGAGCGUAAGUUAAUUGAACUGUGUAUUGGCUACUCAAAAUACCAUGAUAACGAUAGUAUUAUUAAAGAAGAUUUGGAAAAUAUGUUUCUUACGUAUUUCAUCCUUUCACAUGAGCAAUCCAAUUUUUUUUUUCCAGACAAACUACAUACAACACCACUGACAGAGCAUCAAACUAAGCUACCAUCACCAGAAGAUCUGAAGGAAAAGAUACUAAUCAAGACUAAAAAGCUGCCGAUGGCGGUAGAAUGUGAAGCUGAGACUGGAGAGGUUACUGAUGAAGACAGUGCCGAUGAAAUGGAAGAUAAUUUCAAGUUGGAGAAUGCUAACCAUUCUCAACAGCUAGAGAACAUAGCAAUGGCACAGUUGGCGCUCAUGCAAAAGAAACCUAUAUCACCAGGUCGAAAGGCCUGGCAAGUCCUGUCAUCUAAGGUCAAAGGCCAAUUGGUUGGACAGAAGCAGGAAGAUGAAGAAGAGCGUUUAGAUUCCCCGAGUAAAAGUCGUAAUAAAGCUCCACAACGGACAAAGAAAAAAAAGCGUUCGAUCCGCACGUUCUCAAGCACGGAUAGUGGAAUUGGGAGUGAAAAAUCUAAGGAUGAUGCUCAGGUGUCUGGCAACACUUUCCGUGAUGGAAUGGACAGUCGUAGUAGGAAUGGGAGUAAGAAAAAAAUUGUUCUCUCCAAGAAGCUCUCUGAUUUAGUUGUGUAUACUAAAUCCUCAUCAUUCGCAGGAUUUAAACCUGCACCAUUCUGGGAGCUACCAUCAAUGGGGGAGAUGCGUGCAAUGAACUUGUGUACUGUGCACGCAAGUCAAGUCGUGCAAUUUACAUGCAAUAAUCUCUGCCGGGUGUAUCCAUCAGCAUACCGAAUCGAUUCAAGUAAUUAUAAUCCAACACCUAUGUGGAAUGCUGGAAUUCAAAUAGUUGCUCUCAACUACCAAACAGAGGGAAGGGCGAUGCAGCAGUGCAAAGCUAAAUUCAGUUACAAUGGUCAGUGCGGCUAUGUCUUGAAACCAGACUACCUUUGUGAUACUGAAACAGUGUUUGACCCAAAUUGCCAAGGGGCUUUACCAAACUUGCAGAAGAAACUCCUAACACUCCAGGUAAUCAGUGGCCAACAGCUUCCAAAGCCACCUCAGAGCCUAUUAGGGGAGAGGGGUGAGAUAAUUGAUCCAUUUGUUGAAGUAGAAGUGAUUGGUCUUCCUGUUGAUACAGCUAAAAUGGCUACCAAGACAAUACAGGACAACGGUUUUUCACCAAUUUGGAACAGUACUAUGCAAUUUGGAAUCCAAGCAAUGGAUUUGGCUUUGAUAAGGUUUGCUGUUUGGGAUGAGGAUCCCAUAGGAAGGGAUUUCAUAGGCCAGGCUACUCUACCACUAUCCAGUCUCACUUCAGGCUACCGCCACAUCCACUUGGAUGGCCUAGAACAAGCUACCAUCUUUGUUCAUAUCAGUAUAACAGACUUUGAUGAAAUGCUUCUUAUUCCUAUGAAGUUUGCUGUUCCUAAAAUGAAGAGUAUUAAACAUUUAAAAAAAAUACCAACAAACCAAUACAGUCGAUCUAAGUCAGCUGAUGAUUCUGGGGUGCAGAUUCAAACUACAGUCAAUCGAAAACCAUCAAUCGGCCGAAUGUUCUCCUCUAGACGGCGGCAUACCAUCACCACACUUUUCAAUCGACCAAAACCCCAGAGCGGCACUUUUGAGGACUCACAAGACGAUGACUUAUGUUCAAAAGAAGCAAAGGUUCUUGAAGUUAUGUUAGACAGUGAAGAUGAGACUGCUGUAUGUAAUUCUAUCAUAUUGGAGCAGAUCAUCACAUCCAACCUAUCAACAAGACUUGAAGAAGAUGGUAGUGUUAGUAUCGCAAUCAGUCAAAUACCGUUUUUGUUUAAGACAUUGUCUGUAUCAACCUUACUCACAUGCAUUCGUGAAGGAACAUUGAACAUUCGUAAUAAUGACUCAAAUAGAGGAUCUACCUGUAGACUGUUGUAUCAAUAUGAGCCUCUACAAAGACCAAUGGAUUUACCAAUCUCAGAAACAGAUGAAGGCUCCAUACGUUCUUGGUGGAACAACCUUCUGCAAGACAUGUCUGAACAAUAUCGCAAGAACUCCAUUGCUUCCAGUUUGAUGCAGUCAAUAGAUGGCAUCAAUUCUUCAACUUCAUCUGAAUCAUCUGAUGAGAUCUCAUUUCUUAGUGACUUGUCCAAUACUUAUAUAGAAGAUUCUGAGGUAACUAGUAGUGAAGGCAUUGAAUUCAUUCAGGGUUCUGAAGGAAGUUCUGAAUGUCAUUGUGAUUAUCUUGCAACUUCACAGAGUUUUGAUUCACUGGAUAAUAUUCAAAAUCCAAAAUGUAUUUGGUUAUCAAAAUCUGAGGAUGUAUUAAGUACUAAUCAUAGUACUUGGCAAAACUUAACAUUUUCAGACUCUGAUUAUUAUUCUGCCACUAAUGGAAGAAUGGAAAGUGACCAAGAACCUCCUAUCAGUUCAACUGUUGUUCAAGAACUUUCGUAUAAGUAUAAAAUCUUACAAGCCCAGGUGAAAAAUACAAACACACAUUCAAACCACUCAAGUCAAAAUAUUGAUUUGAAAUUAGAGAGAGAAUCAGAAAUGAUGUGUGAUAUGAUGCCAGACUUACUACUAAAUGAAAAAGAUGGACCUUCACAACAAUGUGAUGAUAUUAUAAGCUGCAUUAGCAUACCUUGUAAUGAUGAUGGAGAAUUUGAUACUUUACACAGCAGGAAGAAAGAGAAGUCAAAAGUCAGAAAUGAUGUCAUGUCUUUGGAAUGUGAUGAUGUCAUCAGUGACAUUAGUUGUUCUGAUUGUGAAAGUGAGAGUGCAUCUUCUGAUACCAGUGUAAACCUGAACAUUUCAGAUACAUCUAUCCCAAGUGUAACAUUCAGUGAGGGUGCCAUUACAGGAGAUCUGAAUUUUGAAGGUCAUUACAAUUUAAGUACACCAAGCUCUACUAAUAUGAGUAGUCACUCUAUUCCAGAGUACAUGUUGCAGAGGUUUACAGCUCAAGACUUACCAAUUAAAAAACAAAAAAAUUUCUGUUACAGAAAUCCUUAUUUGAAUCGCUUACCUAAGAACAGGAGAGGUAGGUCAAUGUCCUCUGCUACCUCUGAUAUUCUAUGUAAUACAAAUCAAACCUGUAUAAAGUUACUUACACCACCGCCUGUGAAGCUCAGGCGGUCCUUGUCCGAUCGAAUCAUAACUUCUUCUAAAGUACCAUUUUCUAGUUCGGUGUCAUCAACACUUUGUGAGGAACUGAUGAUGACAUCUGACCAAAAAACGCAAAAAGAGGUGUUACAACUUUCCAGCAAUUUUAUAAAACUUAACUCUAACAAUAGCAAUAACAAUGAUGGGUGUGACGGAAGUGAUGAAAAUUCUUCGGAUAAAGACGAAAAUUGCUUGAGCGAUAACAUUGAUGAUUCAGCCCAAACAUCAAAUUCUGCCAUUAGUAGUAAUGCAGAGGCAGUGGUUGCAUUGUCUGUGAAACCUCAUACAGAACAGAACACAAAAGCAGAAAUAUUUACAGCAAUGAUGCCAGUAAUAUCAAUUGAUGUCACUAAAGAUGAUCCUCUCUGGCAAAGUAGUGACGACGAGCAGGAUACCUCUGACUCAAGCUCGAGUAAUUCUUCUGACAACACAAUUCUGCACAUUACUUUUGAAGAAAUUGGUAAAAAGUCGGAAGCUAUGGGUUCUCCUGUUGAUGCUAACUCAAUUGAAAUAGGUGAAUUGAAAAUUAAAGAUAUAUUUGAUCCAGAAGAAUACAACUAUUACAAGAAAUGCUUCCUCAAUCGGUUACAUCAGGCAAAGAAGAAACGAAUUCAUGAUGCUAGGAGAGAAGGAAAGAAAACAUCAAGAAAUAAGAUGAAACGAAAAGAAUUAGAAAAAUCGAAAAUUAAAUUAAAUAAAGGUAAACAAACAGAUGAAUGUAACAAUGUUCCUGAUAGUUUCUUACACUACAGCAUGCAAUCAGAUAGUCAAGGGGAUAUUAACGAUGAUAAAAGUCAAAAUAAAACUAAGUCGCUUUUUGUUGAAAGUGAUAACUGUUUGCUUUUGAGUAAAAGGUCAGAUGCAAUGCAUCAACCUUCUGCAACAAUGUCACAUAAAUUUCCCGAGAGUGAAAAACAGUUAGUAAACAAUUAUAAAAGGAGUACACAAAAGAAAUGUCAAGAUGAACAUGCACCAGUAUGUAGCAGAGCAAGUUCCAAACAUGCUCAGAAUACUGAAAGACACGAAUUAAACUCACAACAAAAUAAUGACCAAGCUGAAAGUUCUUCAUCUUCUAAAAGGGCUGUAGUCAACCAUAACCCUGAUACAGACUACAUUCAGCUACACCAGAUGCCAGACUUGUUAUCUAAUCACAAAGUUGAAGAAGUAAGUCAACCGAUAUAUGAAAACAGUAUUGGUAGUAAUAGAGCAGGAAUUGUUGAUGAAUCAAUAAUUCAACCAGAACAAGCACCUUCGGUUCCAUUUCAACUCGAUCAAUUUUUACAACAAACAGAAUCUUCACGUUCUGAUAUUGAUUAUGGAGAUUAUGUUACGUUGAGAUUUGACAGCAAUGGUCACAGACUACCUCUUGCAGAAGUAAACACCUCGGUUAAAGACAAAGAAACUGGGCAAGGAUGGUUUGAAAUUGAAACCCCAAAACAAUCAGAGAACAUCUAUGAAGAGUUGCAUGACACAAAAGGGAGAAAACUUCAAAGAGCUCAGAGCAUGAUGCUGACAAGGUCUAAGGCUUACAGACCAAGACCGAUUGAUUUCACCCUUGAAAAGAUGUUCAUUGAUUCUCUUAACCUAGAACCUGGCAUGAUGCACGACAUCAGUUUGGAAGACCCGAGGAUCAUAAAUGUUAAUAAAACUCUUCUGAGCUCAACAAUGGAAUCUAAGCCAAUUGUUGCGUCUGAUCACCAUGAAACCGCCCUAGCCAACAGUGAGUUUGAAACCGAUAUGAAUCUAGAAGAUACGAACGUGUUGAAUCUCAGGAAAAGAAGUAAACAGAUAAUUGACUUGAUGGCAAAUGUUACUUCACCAUUAGAGAAAAUACCAGUUAAAGAAGAACACUCUCAGUUCCAUUUAAGCGAUACUCGAGAUUUUAGAAACAAAUGCCUUGAAGUAGAUUUAGGUCACUCGACAACUAAUAAAGGAGCCGGGUCUAGAUGCCCAAUUCUCAUCCCAGAAGAAGAUUGGAGUCGAAGCGCUGACUAUACAAGAGGUACCCAAUUAUUUAGGAAUAAACAGAAGUCAGUUCCAGCCAAAACAGACGCAAUGCGUCAUCAGAACCCUGUUCAAUCAGAUGAUUUUGAUGAUGAUAAACAAUCGGCAGCGAAGCUACGGUUAAGUGAUGCAUGGCUGCGUAAUCAUAGUAAAAUAUUUCACUCUGGUAAUUGGCACUUGAGCACUGAACAUCAGCACACUAUCAAUAGUCAGCAGUGCAUCAACAAAGAGCAACAACAUGUGACUAAUGACCGCUAUGAGCGGCAACACUUGAAUAAAUUUCAACAGAUGAGAAUGCAGCAGCGAGUGAGCAGUGAUAACCAACACGAGAGCCAUAUACACGAAUGUGUGAACGAUGAUAAUCUUGCUUUUUCUAAAUCCACAAACCACCAUACUCCAAUUUUAACCCACAGAGAAGACCAUCCUGCACUGACAUCAGAUGGUAGAGGAAACACAAAGACAACGUACAUAUAUGAUUAUCAAAGACUGAAUGAAUCAGAGGGAGCCCUGAUGGAGUACAAGCCACUGAGAACGAACAAAGACUAUGUUGUAUUUCCGCAAAACCGCAGAUAUUUUAGAGGCGCUACGAAUAAUGAUAAUCUUUUUCAGCAUAAUUAUGGAAAUCAUCGGAUAAUAGAUAGAAAAUCUGAUAACGGGCUUCGUCCAAUAUUUGAUAAUUUGAAGGCAAAAGAUAAGUUUGUUGAUAGCAAUAGCAAUGUUAUGUUUCAUUCGUUAUCCACAGUGAACUGUCCAGGUAGGAAGAUUUUGAAUACAACUUCUAAAACAGGGGCUAGACGAGCUGAGGUUGAAAGUUAUGUUAAUCCAAUAAUGGUUGAUCAGGCAACCAGUCCUGGUAUUGCCAGGCACUCCCAUAAUGCCAAAUACACCAAAAGUACACAACCGUCGAUGCAGCAAAAUGACACACACGGCCCGUUGGAUGUCAGUAAUGAAAGUUGUCGAAAUUCUAAUCUUGAGCUUUGUUUAACGUCAACACCGACUAGAUCGACAUCCGGAAGAGUAAUGUCUGAAAAUAGACAGUGGGAUAUAAGUGGCAUAAGACCUAAUUGCGGGAAAGCAAAUGGCUCUGACGAUGCGUUAUUUUCCUUUUUGUCUCAGAUGCAAACUUAUAAUAACUUGCAUGUGAAGUAUAGAGAAAGCACGUCACCAAUAUAUGAAAAUAUGAAUUCUUUAAAUCAGCGAUCAAAGCAAGAUAACUAUUCCGAUUCAACGGUAAUUGAACAGGUUAAAUUUUCAGGGGAUGAAAGUCAAUCUAGAAUAGCUUCUACAUCACUGACAGUUGGUUGUGACCAAUCAAUAUCACCAUCCACCAUCCUUACUCAGGACGUUCCUCCAGAAAAACGUGGUAUUAAGCGAUGGUUUACAAAUGACAAUGUGGCUGUACAUAAAAUGAUACUUAGAAGAAACGAUGAGUCAGAAACCAGUUUGAAUGUUUCGACACCAAAACCACCUCCUGACUAUGACGAGCAUAUUAAUAACACUCGAUCUUUACCCGGUGGAAUGAAACUGGCGUCUUCGGUAGAAUUUCUACCAAACUAUGAAGACCACCUUCAUAAACAUGGAAUGGAAAAACAUUAUUCGUCAACACCGAGCCUAUUCGAAGAUGACGAUUCGGUAUUCCUCGAUGAUUCUGAAUAUGAUGAAGAAACGCCACCACGGCCACGUUUUUUACGAAAUACUAGCCAACCAGAGAAAGCACGAUCGAGCAUAAUUCGCAAUCGUUCAAGCUCAGUGUCUGGAAUUAAACGCACAAAAUCAGUUCGUUUUGAAGUCCCAGGAGGGGCAAAUACUCAGUCACCUCCAUCAAUGAACUCCGAUGAUCAAAUUCCGAGUAGUAAUGGAGAAUCAUUCAGUAUAAUUGAAAGAUUAGUUGGAAAACAGUCAUAUAAAGAAAUUCUAGAGAAAUGGGCCCAAAAAAAUUUGUUAAAUGAAGAAGAACGCAACUGCUCUAUUCCAGACGAAGAAACAAUUUCUAAAGAAGGCCUUAUAAAUCAGUCCAAAGCAGAUUUGACUGAGGAUGUUGUUGGACAAUUCUGUCAGCGUGCCAGUCUGCUGCAGCCGGCUAUCUAUGCUUUACCAAACAUAACAUACAAUGAGUACACUGAAAUGGCAGAUGGUGUCCAGAUUAAAGAGUACGGUGACGUUGGUACGAUAGAGAUGACACCAAAGACACACUCUGAAAUUUCAAUAUCUGCACAACCUGCAUCAUUGCAAGUCGAUACAGGUCUGCAUGCCCAAACACGUGCUAAACAUUGUAACGAAAUCGAUAAACUUCAAUCCUGGGGUAGUAUACCACCAUUAUCAAGAUACCAAAUGAAUUACAGAGGCAUGGAGACUUCAGAUUUCUGGACGCCAAUCGGAAGUGAUGAAAACACCCGUCACCAUAGCUCUUCAUCAAGUAACAUGAGUAUCCCUUCCUCAACGACAGACAUCACAUACUUGACAGAAUUUGAUAGAAAUGAUACCAGGAGAGGAGUUAUCCGAAGAGACGUGAUACCAAUCUACAAUACUGUGAAUUCGCAAAGAGGUAUUAAACGAAGCUCACCAGUAAUGGUAGAACCACCUUUUGACGUUGUAAGCCCAGAUAAUAUGUUCAAAUGGGCUAAUUAUUCACCAAGAAGUGAUGACGAUCCGCUACAGAUGUCACCUGAAUUUAGGCAGACAGCGCGUCCGUACUCAGCAGGAAACUUUAACACUAAGUUCACAGUUGCAAAAAGACGGGCAAGACCAAUACGACAACAAGCCAAAGAUAAUGGACGUCAAGUCAACACUACUGAUACAUUCAAAGCAAGGGAAAGUGACGAUCAAAACAAACUAGAUGAUGAUAAACGCCACACAAGAGGUGGUAAUGUGUUAUUCAAAUACAAAGGAAGUUUACAAAUUAGAAACCUAAAGAAUGGACUAAAAAACGUUUUUAAAAAGAAAGGAAGUAAGCAUAGUGACGAUAGUUCUGAACAUGGAUCCGAAAGCUCUGAUAAAAAUCAUUCUUUAAGCACGAACAAUCAAGAGUUGAAUUUAACGUUGAAGGACCACAUUGUGGUAGGAGAGAGUGAACACCGCAAUGACACACCCCACUUUUCACGUUAUGGUUCCAAGAGUGGAAACGAGCGCGCUUCAUUGUUUUCGUUAAAAUCUGAUCCAGAGCCUCUCCAAAAUAGACAUAGGUCGCUCAGCAUGCCAUUCGUAUCCUCCCUGGAAAUGUUGGACGUACCAAGCUCACAAAAACAAACACCACACGUAUAUUUUUCUCUUAAUGUAUAAUCAAUUAAUAUCGUAAUUCAUGUAUGCCAUUGUUCUUCAACAAUUUUAUGAUAUGAAAUCACUUUUAUGUAUGGUGGUAUGUCAGUACUUAUAGUGUAUUUUAACAAUCAUCUGUAAUAGAAUAAAAUACACUGAGAAUUACUGAAGGUAGCUUGACAAUAAGUCUUGCGUACUUGAAAGUGGGUUGUGUCCCCGACCCACCAUAGCUUUCUGGGUGUUUGUCUUUCAUGGCUCUUUUGAGGUCUUCUGCCUCAGUUUUCACAUUGCAAUAAUUUCCGAACAGUACAAAUUACCUGGAUACAGUUGAUAUUUAUGCCUGAAAAUGUAGUACACAUAAGUUAUUGUAAUAUCAAAUAUGUGUUAAUUGGAACAUUUAAUACUUAAUUUCUCAAAUGGUAUUGUACAUUUAAUGUUAGUGUGAAAUAAAAUUAUGUUAACGGUGUAUUAUAAAUAGCAAUAAAUAACUUUGAAUCACUAUGUGCAAUAGUUGGUGUUCAUUAUUGAUUUUAAAAUACAUUUUUUGAUAAGCCAUGAACUUGGUUAACAAAUAAUAAUUACUACUAUUACUACUACUAUAAGUAUUAUUAUUAUUAUCAUUAUUGUUAUUAUUAUUGUUAAC